AUGCUCAUCCGCUCCUUUCGGCGGUCUAUAUUACGGAAUCGUUUUCGCUCCAUAUUGCUGGCAGGAGUGGUUUUCUUACUCCUGGAUGCUCUCAUUAUCAGCGGUUCUCACCCUCGGCCCUCCCGGACGAGCACCUUGUCACCUGCUCUCGCCCGUGAAAAGAUAUUUAUCGUCUCCAUCCAGCGCAGUAGCGAGUAUAUGCUCCGUCUCUACUGGAAUGCAGCACUAUUAUCACUUGUCUCUUUUCUUGGCCCCGAAAAUGUCUUCGUCUCGAUUGUCGAAUCGGGAAGCCGGGACGACACUAAGGGCGCUUUGCUGGACUUGGAGUCUGAACUAACAAAGUUGGGCGUAGAGAGUAAGGUCGUCCUUGGAGAGGAUGUCUACGCUCAGAUGGCCGGUUUGCUAGAUGUCCCGAAGGACGAAGAUAAAAAAGGGUGGAUUUAUACUGGUCUCGGGGAGGAGGGCUGGCAGAAGAGGAGAAUUCCCCAUUUGGCGGAGCUGAGGAAUACGGCGAUGGAACCCUUGCUAGCACUAAAUGACGAUAGCAAGAGGACAUAUGAUAAAAUUUUGUGGAUUAAUGAUGUUGUUUUUACGAAUGAAGAUAUUGCUACCCUUCUCUCAACUCGGGAAGGUAAUUAUGCUGCAGCAUGCUCCCUAGAUUUCUCGUCUAGCGCAGACUCGUAUUACGACACUUUCGCCCUCCGAGACUUCUUUGGCUUGAAGACAGGCACGGCAAGUUUCCCCUACUUCACCACUCGCGUUUCUCGCGAAGCCCUUCUUUCACUGCAGCCCGUUCCGGUAAAGUCCUGCUGGAACGGGAUUGCUGCCUUCGAUGCUUCGCCGUUCUAUUCCCUACCGUCGUCUGAAGUCUCGUCUUCAGAGUCGCAACACCAAACAACUCGCCUCCAAUUCCGGGGCAUCCCAGAUAGUCUCGCUGCCUCCCACGUCGAAGGCUCAGAAUGCUGCCUCAUCCACGCAGACAACUACCGCCUACGUGCCGAAAAGGGUGUGUGGCUUAACCCUAACGUGCGUGUUACCUUCAACGCUAGUACCUACCCGCUCGUCAACCCACAGGGCCCGUUACCCGCGUCCAUUACCUCAGAUGAGGAACUCAUGGCCCACGUGGCUAGCCGGAGAGCGAAGGAAGGAAGAGAUUCUAUGUUGUGGCCUUCACCAAGAGAGAUGUGGAGGGGCAGGUGGAAGAAUCGUGCUGCUAGGUGGUGGGUUGGAUUGUCGUUCUGGAGUGAGAAUAUGGUUGUGAGGAGGAGAGUUGAGAGCUGGAUUGCAAAAGGGAAACGGAGUGGGGAGAUAAGGGAGGAACUGGGGAUAGAGUGUCUGGUAAAUGAGAUGCAGGUCCUACUUCAGAAUGGGUGGCUGCAUGUGUGA